AUGUCACCAAAAGAAGUGAAGCGUAAAAGAGGAAGACCACCUGCUACAUCACCACCUGCUUCACCUAAAAGAUUCAGUUCAAGAGCCAGCAGUACAGAUUAUGAUGCAAAACGUCGACGCGAAAAAAGUCCCUUAAAGUUAGAACAAGAAAAUGAGGAUGAACUUUCAGAAAAUGAUGAAGUAGGAGAAACCAAGAUUGACAAAAAUGGCAAAUUGCUUGGUGGUCGUGAAUAUAAAGUACCAACGUUCAAGCUGCCAGAAUACGGUGACCAAGAGCUUAUGUUGGCUAUGGAUCCUUCAAAACUGUUGGGAUAUCGUGACAGCUAUCUAUUCUUUCAAAGAAACCCAACGUUAAAACGUGUACGAAUUAGUGAAGAGGAAAAGAACAUGCUAGUGAAAAUGGGAUUGUUAGUAGCUUGGUUUAAGGGUAGAGAAGUAGCAGUAGUAACAGCUCGCUCAGUGUUCAAGCGAUUUGGAUCCAAAGUUGUAAAAAAUGGAAAACGCGUAGUGGAUGACUAUUUUGAAAAUAGACAAGAGAUGGAAGAAGACAACCAACAGCCACUAGACGAAGUGAAUGAAAUGAAUACAAUCGGCCACCAUGAAUAUCAUUUUAAUGAAGCAGCAUUGGAUAAUAGAAAUUGGAUAUAUCAUGCCGCUUUGGCAACGAGAGGAUUUAACGCUCAGUUGCAAGAACGACGUACGACAAGAUCAUCAUUUUACGAUAUUCAUUCUGAUGUAAACCAAGUGCCACUGGGAUAUCAACCACGGUCAUGUCGGUUUGAAUUUAUCAAAGACAAGGACUAUAAUCAAGAAAGUGUAAUUGAAUAUAGAUCAGUUUCAGAUGACAACCAUGCAGGCUUUCGUGGAGUAGGUAAAGAUAUAUUGGACUAUAACCUAGACGAAGCGUUGAAGACUUUGCCUGAAGAAGAACGAAAUAGUAUUAGUAAUGCACUGCAAGAAAAACCACCUAUCGUGUCCACUAAAGAGGGUGCUGAUGAAAAUUAUCCCUUGGCGAUUAUGGAUGGACAAUUUCAAUAUGCUUUCCCAAUACAUCAGGCACGCUUUAAUUAUCCAAUACCGAAAAUACCUGAACCCAACAUCAUAUUUGAUACGGCACAGUCGUUGUCAGCACAGCAAUAUUAUCUUGGUGUGGUCUAUCAUACAGUGAACCAGUUUGCAGAUCCUCGAAGACAACCAGCUCCUGCGAGACCUACGCCCAAUGUCUAUAUCCCGCCUAAUGCCCAACCACAUCCACAGCAACAACAACAACAACAAAGGAUGACGACUGCACAACCAGCGCCUUCUAUGAACAUGCAGCAGCCAAUACCUCAGCAACCACAGCAACCUAUGCAACAAUCUGUAGGUGCAUGUUCCUUCAAAAUUUCAUUAACACAAACAUGCGGACGUCCUGUAAAUCAUCCUGGCCAGUUCUGUCAGUUACAUUCAAAUGCACCAAAAUCAAUGGCAGAAACUGCAAAAGCUCCUCCUCCUCCAGCAGCCAAUUAUUUAGGUAACACAUGUACAGAUUGUCACCAAGUCGCUGCAGCAGACACGCUGUACACAACAGCGAAAAAAGAACGCAUAACAGAUCCAGAGGCACUAGUGAAAUGUUCGAACUGUACAAGAAAGUACCACCCUAUAUGUGCUAAUUUAACCACGCCCAAACAAGUCGCUGCCGUGGAAUCAUACGCAUGGCUCUGCCCAGAAUGUAAGAUAUGUGCUGUUUGUAAGACUGUAGGCGACGAAUCCACAUUGAUGAUUUGUGAUGGUUGUGACAGAGGCUGGCAUACAAGAUGCUGCACGCCAGAGGUUGAACAUAUACCCGAAGGAGAGUGGCUAUGUCAGUUGUGUGCUAAAUGUCAUGGCUGUAGUGAGCAAGGCAUGAAGGACGAAUGUCAGUAUACACAUGCAACGGCACCUAAAGACGACAAGCACAAAUAUCCAGUGUAUCUUGCAACCUAUUGUCGAUCCUGUAUUACUGACUUUAAUGAAGACAGAUUCUGUCCUGUCUGUCUAAAGACUUAUUCGGAAGAAGAAAAUGAUGAAGAGGAUAACGAAAUGGUUGCUUGUGAUACGUGCGAUCAUUGGGUGCAUACACGAUGUGAUGAGUCGUUGUCUCCUGCGCGAUAUCAAAUGCUCUGCGACGAUGAAUCAGCCAAAUACUCUUGUCCCAUCUGUGAAAACAGAGUGAAACCAGCCGUUGACACAGAUGCAGCACGAAAUGCAUUAAAGGGUGUUACUUCUCCAGGCGGCACUUGUAUUGGUCUUUUAGGUGGAAAGGUGAAGGCUAGAGGGGUUAUUCAUUACAAGAAUAUCAAAGUGGGGGUUCCUGAAAUUGAUGGAGCUGGUAUCACGAAUAUAGCUUAA